UAGGAUUCGUCCCUUCUCAUUCAGCGUGUUCAGGUUUGAAGAACCACUCAAUUCCAAAAUAUAAGACCGGAAGUUUUCUCGACAGCUAGAUACUUGAGGUGUGUUAUCAGUAGGAUGGUCUUGGGACUUAUCUUCUUUCAGUUUACGGAGAAAGUGACGAAAUGAUUUGAUUACUAUGAGAAUGAGAUACAUUAUUAUCUUGGUUUUGUUGUUGCUAAAUAUCAGUCACUUGGAUCUGUCCUGGGCUCAAGGGUCCAUGAAGAACAGAUCAAGUCGGGAUGUUUCCUGCAGAGAGAGCCUGGAGUAUGAACAUGAUAACAUCUGCUGCCUGAACUGCCCUGCUGGAACCUUUGUGAAAACGGCCUGCCUUACUGCUUCGGAAAAAGGAGAGUGUAAAACAUGCGAGUUUGACACAUACACUGAGCAUGAAAAUGGACUGCAGAAGUGUUUAUCGUGCAGCAUGUGCCGUAUAGAUCAGGAAACCACUGAGAAAUGCACAAUUACCCAGAACACAAAGUGCAAGUGCAAACAGGGGUCAUUUUGCUUACCUGACCAGGCAUGUGAGGUGUGCAAGAAAUGCAGCAGAUGCAAAGAGGAUGAGGAGACUGUAAAAGGCUGUACACACAUUUCCAACACAGUUUGUAGGAAGAGAAGUUCUUCAGGAAGCUCCAUCUCAGUGACUUUCAUUGUUGUUCCACUAAUUGCAAUGCUGGCAUGCAUUUUGUGUAUCGUCUACUGGACAAAGUCAAAACCAAGUAAAGGAGCGGUCACAUCAAGGAGUCCAAGGGAAAUGGUUAAGAUCUGUAUGGGUGACAAUGAGGAGGUGAUAGAGGAGAGGCAAAAUGCCCAGAAUUCCAAGAUCAAUGACUCCUCUCAGCUCCAGCCAUUUCUUGAGCAAAACUAUACGGUGUGUACCCAUGCACCUGCUUCAUCAGAGAUGGAAAAAGACAGGGGCCUAGGGGACAGCCUCCCCAACACCGCCAACUCUUCACAAAUUAGCCUGGCCAUGUCCGCUGUCCCCAUUGACCUCCAGCCCCUCCACACUAACCAGCCUCCAAGCUCUGCAAUUGCCUGGCAGCCUCACACUUUGGAACGAGAGUGGUCAAGAAGAGUCGUUCCUUUGAACGGAGAGGAAUCGUUGAAGAAAACGUUUGAUUUCUUUGAAGAAAUGGAUGUUCACUAUCAUAACAGAUUCUUCAGGUUCAUUGGACUGAGUGAUAAUUCAAUCAAAAGUACAGAUUCUCUUUUUCCAGAAGACAGAGUUUAUGAACUUUUAAAAAUCUGGAUGGAAAAGGAGGGACUGAAGGCAGAUUUCAACAGUCUUAUUGAAGCAUUAAUCUAUUUAGACCAAAGGCUGUCAGCAGAAAAUAUUGUUACAAAGGCAGUUAGUAAUGGUUACUUCAAAUAUGAAGAUGAGUGACUGGAAACAAACAAAUAUUGUCACCAUUUUAGUGACCUCAGGUACCAAAGGUAUGCUUUUUUUUUUUGCAUUGCUUAGCUUAUGUAGUGUUAUUUCCUAGCUAUUCCAAAAUGGAACAUGUUUCAAUAUUUAUUACGUUGGCCAAUAAUGUUCAAAUGUUUAGAAAAGGUAAAUGCUAUGCUGCUGUUUAUAUUAGUUACAUUUGGAGGAAAAAAAGUGAUAUUUAAGACUUCUAAUAUUAUGAAAUGUUGAGUUACUAUUAUUGUGGUCGCAUUCUUUCCCAAUUUGUAGACAAAAUUGAUGUACAUAUGAUCUUGAAUAGGUUAACAUAUCAUGUGAAUUAUUUUGUUGUGAACUAAUAAAAGCAAUUCAUUUGUA